AUGGGUGAGGGGAGGGGGGAAGCUGGUGAACGGAGGCGGCAGCAGCGGCUGGAGUGGAUAGAGUUUCAGUUCAGUGUUCAGUCGACGGUGCGACAGCCGUGCGGUCGCUCAAGAGGUCUUUGCUGUUUUCCAGGAUUCUCUCAUCCAGGCUCUGCGCCGCGAAAAGGAAAAAUACCCCAACCACUACUGGCGAGUGUAGGCGGCGGCUUCGAAGCGGCCGGCGGAUUCUUGCAGGGAUUGGUGGGGGGCGGUGGUGGAGGGGGUGGCAGUGCAGGUGGGGGUGGUGGAGUGGUGGGGGGUGGGGGUAGUGAGAUGAUGCUGCUGGAGAAGCAGGGCUUGUGCUCGCAACAGCAGCGUCAGACUGGUGGUAGUGGCAGUCUGCCCCCUAGCUCGCUGCCUCGCCCCAAGCGUCACCACAAGUCACCAAGCGCCGGCCGAGAGCGCAGACUCGGCGAGUAUGGACGACUCAGCGAUGGAGAGGGCAGCAAGGCUUCGGCCAACUCGAGCGCUGACGCCUCCGACCCCAAGUCCCACCGCGAGUCGCCCGUCCGCUCGCUCCACCCUCGCAAACUCGGCGAAUACAACCGACUCAACAACGACUCGACUAGCAAGACCAGUUGUGACUCGACCGACAAGAGUCGUGAUCGUGACUCGCCACUGCCGAUUCCACCGCGCAAACUGGGCGAAUACGGGCGUUUCAGUUCGGACUCCACCAAUCGGAAACUGUCGGACAACGCAGAAACCAUCACUGAUAUCUCUCGCAGCUCUCCUGUCAGAUAUUCGCCUUCAAGAUUCGACUCGGCGAAAGAGUACAAUAGGAAGUUGUCGACGGGAUCGGAUAAAACUAGAGACUCGCCGUCAAGGAGCCUGCUGCCUCCGCCGAAGAAGCUGCCUGACUACAGCAGUUGCUUCGAGGGGGCCUCGCAGGCGUCGCGACGCCGAGGCUCGCUCGGCCAGCCUCCAGUCAAGGCGGCUGAGCCGGGCGUCCGCUCGCUACCUCCUCCCAACAAGUAUCGCAUUCAAUUCUAA